AUGCGAAAAGUGUGUAUCAUGCUACUGAUUGUGCAGUAUUCGUUUGCGCAGUUUGGCGGAUUCGGCGGCUUGGGUGGUGGUUUGGGCUCAUGUUGUUGCUGCUGUUGUCCAUGCCCGUGUCCUCCAAUGCCUCCACCAGUCUAUUAUGUCAAUCCAUGUCCUCCAGCAACUACAAGUAACCCUGUAGGCGUGCCAGACGUUGUCGUAGGACCGUGCGUCCCCACAGUAAAUGAUAUUAGCCAUUUAAGGCGAGGUGGUCAUUCCACUGUACAAUCCACCAGCCGAAGCACUUCUUCCCUAGAUAUUCUACCUAUAUCUGAUGUUAAACUGUUUGUUGCAGGCAGGUUAUUCCGAAUAGACCUGCCGAGUACUAUAGAAUACUAUUUAUUACCUCCCUCUUGUGAUAUAUGCAAAUUGUUAAUAAGAACAAAAUCUAGCUCACAUGCAUAA